AUUCCAUCGGUGUCCGUUGAUCGUGUCGGAGCUUUCGCUUCCCCCCGUGUGUCGUUCGUUCGUCAUUCAGCCCGCCCUGUCCUGCCUGUCCAGCGAGUGCCGAUUAUAACAUCGAUCUUCAGCCCAGCGCAGCCGCUCAUUUCACGUUACGUGUCGAAGUGGUGCACACGCAUUUUUAAUCUCUCGCGAGGGCUAACUGCUGCUGCUGCUGCUGCGUGAUCCGUUCAUCUUCCAAAGGCGUAACCAUCCUUUGGGGUUUCUCUUGUGUGGUGUUUUUCUCUUUUUCAGUGUCGAGCGCGGUCUGUUUGAGUCCCUUUUAUCCAUUUUUCCGUACCGUAUAUUUUGGGUGGAUCUCCUGUGCUGAAAACAAGAAAAAAAAAGAAGUGAAAAUGUGCAAUGAUAUUACAACGUGAUCCAUCUCAGCUGAUUGUGAGUGCAGCUCGGGGCUGAAAGCAAAAGUGAAACAAAAAAUAGGUGAACGAAUUGUCGGUUGCCCAGAUACUCAACUUUUGGUUUUUUUUUGCGAAAGAAGGAAAAGCGAGAACUGCAAAAUGGUCAUAUCAACUCGUUUUGCGUUUUUGGCGGUGCUAUCGACCGUUCUUUUGGCUUCGGUGGUUUGCGGCGGUCACUCGACGACUGGAAGAAAUGUGAACGGUACCGCCUAUCACCGCCACAAUCGGCCGCAACAGCAGCGGAAUCAGAAUGGAACCUGCGGUGAUAAGUAUUGCCUGCAACAGGAACACCGUCAGUCAGGAUACGGUGAAGGAGUGAUUAUGGGCGCCAAUCGGGCCCUACGGCAAAAGGAAGUUUUGAAGCAUACUUCGGUCAUUUAUGGACUGAUCUCGAUAGCCGAGCGGGAGGAACUAUCGGAGCAGUGCUAUGAUGAGCUGCAACAAAUCUACGAGGGUAUCCAGCAGAAGGAGAUCUGGGCAUUGAAGGUGCUGGACGCAUCUGGAACGCAGGCGCCGGGUUUUAUGUGGGGCCACAAUCACUGGAUUGGUUCGGAGAAGGGAUGUGAUGCCGCUAGAUCGCCACUCUCGAUAACACUAUCCAAUCGCUACCGGCGCAACAUGAAGCCCAAUCUGGUGACGGCCAUGGCCCCGUUCGACGUCAAUUACAGGAUGGUCUACGCACGGCAUCAGUCGGCGUGGCAGGUGGAGAUGAAGUUUCUGAGCGAGAAUAUUUUGCAUAUCGGGGUUUGCGUACCGCAAUCCUGCUCCAACGGGGAGCUGCUCAAUCUGACUGGCCGGUAUUUCGACGAGGGAAUCAUUCAAGCGCAAGAUAUUUUCGAGUUCAAACCAGAUGUUCUGCAGGUGAAGGAUAUGAAGCUGGCAGAAAACUUUUGGAAUAAGAAAAGUGUUCUAGUCAUCGGCAUUUGUACCGCCGCGACGCUAAUGGUUGUACUUUUGGCUCACAACCGCGAGCAGAAAGCUAAUGAGCAUAAGCCAAGCACAAUUAGCGAUGGAAACGACUCGACCUACAGUCCGGUGCUGAAGGGAACCCCCGGCAGCUACCUGUCCUCAGGCCUAACCACAACGACGGCAACGACGGCUGCGAACGACGACGAGCGGAUGAAAGAGACCAAGGUCGAAGCCCCGGCAACGGAACGAGCGGAAGUGCCCUCCUUCGCCGAUAAGGUCAUCGACAGCUUCAACGUGCGCAGGAAUCUCGCGAUCGUCUUCCGAACUGACAUUGGCCCACAAUCGCUGCCCGUGAUCUGUGGAAUCAAGUCCAUUUCGUGCUUUUUGAUACUGUGUUUCCACAUGCAGUGGUACACAUUUUUCGCCAUUCACAACUCGGCGGUGAUGUUCCAUUAUGCGGAGCAAAUACGCUAUCAGCUGGUGAGCAAUGCGCCUCUUCUGGUCGACGUGUUCUUUGCCAUCAGUGGCUUCCUGGUGACGUACAACUUUAUCCGCAAUCAAGGGAAGCUGCAGGAGAUCCUAGCCAACGGAUACUGGCAGAAUGUGAAGCUCUACGGAAAGAUGGUGCUGCAUCGAUAUCUGAGGCUGUCUCCGUUGUAUCUGAUGGUCACCGCGGUUGGUGAACUGAUGACGAGCUACAUCGUAGAAACGUCGAAAUUUUGGGUUCACGAGCGCAGCGAUCUCCGCUGUCAGCGCUUUUGGUGGCGUAACGUACUGUACAUCCAAAACUUGUUCGACAUCGAUGAGCUCUGUCUGAACUGGACCUGGUCGUUGGCCUGUGAAAUGCAGUAUUAUAUCAUCGCAACAGUGCUGCUCUUCGUCUACGCAAAGAAUACCCGACUGGGCAAGUCGAUCUUCGUCGCGUUCGCCGCGGCAACGGUUGCGUUCAACAUGGCCAUCACGCUGAUGCAUCACUUUGUGCCAUCGUACGACGUGCUUUACAACACUGGCAGUGCGUUGUACAUCGCUCCCUGGGCUCGGAUGUCCCCGUACGUGGUGGGCGUCUACUUCGGAUGGCAGCUCUCGGUUACCGGAGGCAAGCUGGACGUUACGGAUAAACAAUUCCGUAGGACAUGGGUGCUGGUAUGCGCUUCGCUGAUCCUCAGCAUGCACUCGACGAUCAAGCGAAACUUCCCAUUCCCGCUCGCUUCCACCGUAAUGGUGCUGGUACGGUUCAUGACAUCCUGGUCGGCCUGUUGGACCAUAACUGCGACCGCCGCCGGCUACUCAAACCUAAUCACCCGAUUUCUAUCCGCCAAAUUCUUCAUCCACAUCAACAAGCUGACGUACGCAAUCUACCUAUUGAACCCACUGAUUAUCACAGGCGUAUUCGGAAUCUCCGACAGCAGCUCGAACGCAGACCCUAUUCCUGCGGUCGUGAUGGCUCUGGGCGUCACACUGCUGUCCUACCUGGCAGCGAUUGCGUUCACGGUUCUGUUCGAAAUACCCUACUGCACAAUUUCGAGCGAAAUUUUGAAACUGAAGAAAAAACCGUUGCCAUCGGCAGCCACCGGAGCGUCACCCAAAAAAGUAGAAUAACAACAACAGUAAAAAAAAAUAUAUGUGCACACUGGCCGGACCCGUAGGCAUCAUCGCAUGGAUCAAUUUACUACUAACAAUUACAUGUAUAUCAAUAGGGAACGGAAUCGGAGUGAUAUCGGUACCGUGGGAAUGAAACAGAAACACCGUGGGCACAUUCCGAAUUUCCGGUUCGAAGGAAAUGCGUCUCAUUGGAUAAUGUGAUAACAGAGCGUCUAUAUUGUUUUAGCCAGCUUGCCACCAGCUAAGUUUCCAUGGAGAGAAGAUUUUAAUGUUAACUUGUUCUUUUUUCCAUAGGAAAACUGUCUAGUAUUAUUUAUUGUUAAUGUUAAUGGUAGGGUUUAGUUUAGGCAUUGACCCAGUCAGUUUGUAAAUAUUCCUGAAUGCGCGCGCGCGUGAGAGAGAUAGAGUGAAAGUGGCACUAUGUAGCACUUCGGUCUCAAAUUGGAGCGAAAAAUAAAAUGCGCAAAUCGUGUGCUAAUUACGAUCGAAACCAGCAAAAACAUCAUUAUUUUUUCGAUUUCAUCCAAACAAUGAUCACUCGGCCAAAGCUAGUAUUUUUGAUUCCGUGCCGCUUGUUUUCUCUAAUCACUUACUCUCUUACCCGAGCGGCUUGAUGAUUCAACUCUACCGCUGAUCAAUCCUUAAAUCUACCAUCAGCUUCAGCAACUAUAUGACGCGAA